CAAUCAGCAGCCUCCAUGGAUAAGGUUUCACUAUCGCUUCUUCCUCUUCUUCGUUCAAAGCUAUAAGCUUUGGCUGUCCACAAACUACACAAUUUACUCAGACAAUUACACAAUUCCCAAAUCAUAUUCUUUUGUUUAUGAAAGAUUAGUUCUUAGAAAUGGCGGUUGCAUCUAUGAGUUUCAACCUAGUCGGUGCAUUCAGAGGGCUUUCUCUGCGCUCGGGCUCAAGCUCAUCAUCGUCCUCCUUCUUCAGGGGCGAUUUGGGUUCGCUACAAGUGGGUCCCAAGCUUUCAUUAGUGUCAAACCCCCAGAGAUUGGCCUUGACGAUUCAAAACGCGCACAAGAAAGGAGCUGGGAGUACCAAGAACGGUCGCGAUUCCCCAGGCCAAAGGCUCGGCGUCAAGAUUUUCGGUGACCAGGCUGCCAAGGCUGGCUCCAUCAUUGUACGCCAGCGUGGCACCAAGUUCCAUGCAGGGAAGAA